GUCCUCCAAGCAUGGGGUGGGCUUGGGAUGCUGAGGAGGGCAGACCACCAAGCCUCCUUUGUCUCUCAGGAUUGUGUAGAGGACUCAGUGACCCCCAUUGCCCUGCGCCUCAACUUCUCUCUGGUGGGGAAGCCCUUGCCCUCUUUUGGGAACCUCCGGCCAGUGCUGGCUGUAGACGCUCCGACACUCUUCACAGCCUCGUUUCCCUUUGAGAAGAAUUGUGGCAAUGACAGCAUUUGCCAGGAUGACCUCAGCAUCACCUUCAGUUUUAUGAGCCUGGACACCCUGGUGGUAGGUGGUUCCCGGGACUUAAACGUGACGCUGACUGUGAGAAACCAGGGCGAGGACUCCUACAGAACACAGGUCACCUUCUUCUACCCAUCUGGCUUGUCCUAUCGGAGGGUGUCAGGAGCCCAGAACCAGCGCUCACAGCGGUCCUGGCGCCUGACCUGUGAGUCUGAAGUCUCCACUGAAGGGUCUAGGACCUUGAAGAGCACCAGCUGCAGCAUAAACCACCCCAUCUUCCCAGACAACUCAGAGGUCAGGCUGCUGGCUCCUGCUCCCUUUUUCUCCUUUGUCUUCCUAUGAAUUCUUCCCUAGUUCUUCUUCUUCUUCUUCUUCUUCUUC